AGGAAAAGUUGUGUUUGCGGCUUUCGCAGUUUUUUUUUUCCCAUUUCCCUGCUCCCCACGUCGACUCUCCCGCCUCGCAGCAGAACCACGCGCUCUUCUCAUUAUUGGUUGUCUCCGACGUCAUGCCCAGCCGCACCGCGUAUGAGGAGUUGGAGGUACAUUUCUUCUGACUCUACCGCCUGCAGCACCUGCAGAUGCUGGUGUAUUGAGACUUGAGUGUGAUGAUGUCGCCGAAGGGUGCGGAGGCGCGCGGCAACGCGCUGCCGGGGAUCAACGGGUACGUACAAGACCUGCUGAUCGACCCGCAGGUGGACGUGUGGCUGACGGCGGCGGCGGCUGACGUGGCGGGGCUGAGCGCGGUGCAGCGGGCAAACCUGCGAGAGAAAUGCGGCGCCGCUGCGAUGCCCGUUCGGCCCUCUCGAGCGACUUUGUGCAACGCAACGCCGGCGUCUCUACGACGGCCCGCCUGCUCUGGGCGAAGUGCCGCGCCAGCAACGACCUCGCCGCAUUCCUGCCGACGCUGAAGGAGCUCGUGAGGAUGGGUCGUGAGGAGGCGCAGCACCGCUCCGCCAAGACGGGCAAGCCGCUUUACGAGUCUCUCUUCAACGAGUACGAGUGCGGCAUGACGCUCGAGACGGUGGACCGCGUGUUCAACGAUGUGAAGUCGUGGCUGCCGGGGCUGCUGCAGAAGAUUCUGGCGGCGCAGAAAGACUCGGGUGUGGAAGCGAUCGCUCCCGAGGCGCCGUUCCCAAAGGACAAGCAGCAGGCGCUGGGCCACCACCUCAUGAGGGUGUGGGGCUUCGACUUCGAGGCGGGCCGUCUGGAUGAAGCUCCUCACCCCUUCACCGGUAUGGGCAAGGAGGACACGCGCAUCACCACCCACUACGACGAGGAGGACUUUACGAAGGCCAUGUUCGCAACGAUCCACGAGACCGGCCACUCCCGCUACGAGACGGGCUGCGGCCCGAUGGCGAUGCGCGGCCAGCCGGUGUGCAACGCGCGUUCUCUCAGCAUCCACGAGAGUCAGUCGCGCUUUGCCGAGGUGGUUGUGGGUCACUCCGGCGCCUUCGCCGAGUUCAUCACACCCAUCUUGAAGGAGUACCUCGGUGAUCAGCCCGCCUUCACGGUGGAGAACGUGCGUCUGAUGAACCAGACGGUGAAGCCUGGAUUUAUCCGCAUCUACGCCGACGAGGUGUGCUACCCGCUGCACGUCGUUCUGCGGUACGAGAUCGAGCGUGCGCUGAUCGAGGGCACGAUGGAGGUGGAUGACAUCCCGCGUGUGUGGAGCGAGAAGAUGAAGGAGUACCUUGGCCUGGACACGGAGGGCCGCGACGACAUCGGGUGCCUGCAGGACAUCCAUUGGGCACAAGGCUGUUUUGGGUACUUCCCGACGUACUCGCUUGGGUCGAUGUUCGCGGUGCAGCUGAUGGCGACGAUCAAGAAGGAGCUCGGCGAGGACACGGUGGACAAGUGCAUCCGCACCGGCAACCUGGAGCCCAUUCUUUCGAAGCAGAAGGAGAAGAUCUGGGCCAACGGUUGCAUGCUUGAGACGGAGGAUCUGAUCAAGAAGGCCACCGGCGAGCCGUUGAACCCGAAGUACUUCCGCGAGUACCUGGAGCGCCGCUACCUGCGCAAGGAGGACUCAAAGAUGCGCUCGAGCGUCGCAAGUGUCAUGCCGCACUCGAACUGA